AUGGCUACAAGGUGCAUGGAGGCGGCCUCCUGGUGCCGCUCAGCCCUGCGUCGGCUGGGCUGUUGCAAGCGGCGGCGGUUGGAGGCGCGCAUUCGCAGCAAAUUGCUAGCUUGCUGGCUAGCUGCCGCCAGGAGUAGUGCCACUGUCGCCUUGCAGCUCCAAAGCGGGCUCGGCGAAGAGUCGAUGCGCUUAACCGUGGCCUCGCGCAACGCCAGCGCAACCCAGCUCUUCGAGCUCUGCGGUGCGAUCUUGCGGAAGGAGCCCUUCAGGAAUGGAGGUGUUCUGCGGAACCGCUUCGUGAUGCGGACGCCUUCCGGAGGACUGCUGGCCGCCUUCGGGCCCUGGGGCCAUUUUGAAGUGGAAGGUGCCCCUUGCAUGCAGCUGGUGGAUGCUUCUUCCUCGUGCGACGAUGCGUUGGAGCGCUGUCAAGACUGGACAGUUGUCUCUGCUGCCCCGGUGGUGAAUGAGAUUCCGGAAGAGGUCGCCCAGGAGGCACAAAGAAUCGCUGCCAGCAAAGUAUCGGGAUGGGAACAACUGCACCUUCGUGCUUCCUUCUUCGAACGGUGCUCCUUGUGA